CUCUUGCUACUUUUGUUCCUCGUCCAGACUUUGUCUCCCAUUUGUAGUGCCGCGCAGUUAACACCACAUAGAGCGUGGGAGAAGCACAUCAUAGCCUCACCUCGCACCACGAUGCUACCACCCAAAGGGAAAAGCAAGGCGGCCAGCAUCUGGUCCUUUGACUCGGGCUAUGGGUCCAACACUCUGGAAGAGGAAGAAAGCUCCCACGCCGACUUUUUCUGGGACACUCCGUCCCAGGAGCCCUUUGCAGCACUUCAGCAACAAUUCAACUGGGGAUCUGGUGAGCCGUACAAAGUCCAGGUUGAGGGCCAACUUCGCCUGCAGAGACUGGGGUCUCCGACGGCACCAGUGACGACCAAGCUUAAUGUUUUCACGACAAAGUUGGCUUCCACUAGUGAUGCCCGGCUCCAGGCCUCUGGAACUGAGCAAGAGUGUGUCUUGUGCCGGCUUUGGCGUAUUACGAAUCCUGGGGAAAAUCUGAAGUGCGAUGAGUGCAGUCGCAAGGCUGCGUUGUCAUCCGAAGCUACAUUUUCACCCGAAAUUAUCGAGCAAUUUGGAACUGAGCAAGUAGUGACGCCCAUUGCACUGCAAGUGGAACCGGCCAACACACUGUCCUUGGAACAUGUAUCCAACCGCAAUGGCAGCGGACGAUGCUCGGCAUGCGAGAUUUCAGCAUUCCUCGCUCAGGAUCCGACCCGCACCUGUGCUUCUUGCACUCUAGACAUGUCUUCCCCGGAAUCGCCCAGUGCCGCAUCCAAGAUUAAGCGCUCUUGUGCUCGACGCCCGCCUACCAAGCUCGAGUCCCAUGCCUUGCGGUGCUUGAAGAAAUGGCUGCGAGAGAAUAGCAGCAAUCCGUAUCCCGAUGUGGAUACAAAGCGCGAUUUGGCCCAGCAGUGCGGUAUCACGGAAAAGCAGGUGACGACGUGGUUUACCAACGCAAGAGCACGGCGAAGAGUUGCAAACUAUACGGAGAAAUCGGGGUCUGGGCUUGAAGAGGGGACUUGGACUAUGGAUGAGUCGGGUAUGAGAGUGGCACCAUUCCUUGAUUCCAGUAGUGCCCACCAAGGCUCCGAGUCGUCGCGCCAUAUUGGAAAUGAUGGCAGUCAAAAGCCAUCAAGCUCUAGACGCGGCAAGAAGAAAGACUACAGCCACUUGGGCCCUCCAUCACCCGCUUCGGAACGCAAACUAGCAAAGCCUUUUGUCCCAGCUCUCGAAACAAUCCCGCAAGACAACCGCGCGCCAAACAUGUGGCAAUGCACAUUCUGCUACCAGAACGUAGCCCCUAAAUCGUGGCGCCGCCACGAAGAAACACAGCACCGUCCGAAACGAAAAUGGACUUGUCUCCACACCGGCCCUCUUCUUCAUCUUCCAGCACCCUGUAGUUCGCAGCUCACACCCUCUUGUGCCUUUUGCAUGCUCCAGAACCCCAGCGAAGAGCACCUGCGCGACUCCCACCGCAUCCACGAAUGCAUGGCCAAGCCAGAAGAAGACCGCACGUUUCUCCGCCCAGACCACCUCCGGCAGCACGUGAAGAACUUCCAUCAAGCCACUCUGUCCGACUCAGUCCGCGAUCUGUGGCGUCGAGACGGCGGCGGCAGCAGCAUGCGGAAAGACAGCAUCGAGCACUGGACCUGUGGCUUCUGCGCGCUGCAAAUAAGCACAUGGGACGCACGCCAGACACAUAUCUCUGGGCAUUUCAAAAACGGGGCUACCAUGUCCGAGUGGAAAUGCCGUGAUCCUUCUUCGUCGUCUUCCUCAUCAUCGCCAUGCCCUCUUUCUUCUUCUUCUUCUUCUAAUGCCGUAGCGAGAGCAAGCAGAAAAAGACGCACAUCAAGCGACGGCGAUCCAAAUGUCAUUGCCAAACUAGCGAGAAACAUCACGGGUCUUUCUAUACGACAGCAGAGUCUCGCUGCGUGUGCUGAUGACCAUCACGAUGAGUGCAACUUGGAUUCUACUCACCAGCAACAACCACAUCUGAAAACAGAAGACGAAGCAUCAUCAGUUCUACCCCCAGAUAUCCUGUUUACAAGCUUCACCACGGGCGUGUAUGGCGAGGCGCUGGAUUUCGCAGGCACAGAGUCUGCUGCUGAAGACGACGACAUGUUUGCUUCGUAUUUUGCUGAUGCCGAGGAUUUUUGGCUUGGGAUGGAGGGUGGUGACGAGGAUGGUUUUGUGGAUUUUUGGUAGGAACGUGACAGGGGGGGGGGCUGGACAUGUGUAUGCAUGUAUGCAUGCUUCUUUGUUUUUAUUUUAUUAUUUUUGGGUGGGUUCUAUAUAGAUUAUAUGACUUUGACUGCUGUGAGAUGGGCGAUGGUAUGCUGGGAGUGAA